AUGUAAUAAUGCGCCUUCAACACAUAAGAUCCAAAGAUAGGCUUUGAAACCCUGAAGAAAAAGUCUUUUAUUUUGAGAUAUAAAGGGCAACAGAUAGCUGAUAAAGCUUAUUUUCUGUCGAUUAGAGCUUGGCUUAAACUCAACAAUAUAUUUAAAGAUAGUCCAGGACCCUAGGUUUAUAUCUAUAGGAUGCAGUUAAUAGGGGAGCUCAACUAACAAUAUGAUCUGAAUCCUUUGAUUAUUUCUUGUAGUUUCAACUUAAAUCAUGGCUAGUAUCAAAUAAUGACUAAUUUCAGUCUGCAAAUGAAGCUCUGUGAGUUCAAGAGAAUGGUCUCCUCUAUAAUGAAUAUGUCUGCUUGUUAGACUAAUAUACAGUUCUAGAGUUAGUGUUUAGAGUAAAAUAAAGACUAAUGUAAAAUGAGUUAAAAGUUAUCUGAACUUGGCUUUUAAAAUCUUAAUGUGGUUCAAGUUAUAGAGAAACUAUACUAAGAUGAACUUAAAUGUUUUGAACAGGAUAAAAACCUAAUUCCCUAAACAAGAUCUGAAUAGAAUAAUGAAGUUUAAAUGAUUGGGUGCUAGUUUUAAAGAGAUUAGGAUUAAUUUAAUGCCAAUAUAUCCGGUACGAAUGGGCAGAAUUAAGAAUCAUUUUAAAACCGAAUAGAUGUAAACUAAUUUAAAGAAGACAGUGAAAUGACUUAGUUACCUUUAGACCCACAAGACUAUAUCUAGAGUGGAUUAUUUGAAGUGGAAAAGACUAAUCGCAAUGAGUAUAGAGCAGAAGUAAAUAAUUAUUAUUAAGAGAAUCAACAAAUGGACUAUCAAUAGGAUUUAAAUAUCGAUUUUAGAAAGUAUAAUCCUAAUCUUGAGACUAGUUAGAUAAAAAGAAGGAAUAGUUUAUUCAACCAAUGCUUUGACUAAUAAACACCAAUGGAAUUGAGCUAUUAGCAAUAAUUUUUUCAGCCAUAGUCAUGGUUUUAAAGCUUUGAUGAGUAUAAAAUGCAAAAUAAAAUUUAAGAAUUAGAAAAAUAGGCUUAACUGCGAACUGAUAAACUUUAAGAAUUCAUAUCGUAGCAAUAAAAAGCUCAUUCGAUUAUUUAGAAAGGCAAGUUAGAUCCUAAAUCUUUGAAGAUUAAUCUUCCUUAUUUGAGAUUAGGAAAAAUUAAUAAAAAUUUAGCUCAGCUGCAGCAAAGAAUGAUUGACUAAAAUAUGAUUACAAAAAUUGAUCAUAGAUAUUAUAAAGGAAAUUAAACUUAGAUAGAAGUUCAAAAUCAUUGCGAAUUUAAGAUUUAGAAGUUAAAUUGUAGAGACUAUCAAAAAGAUUAAGGCUUUAAAAAUAAUGGUUAAUUAAGCUUACCUAAUGAUUUCAAGUUUAACUCUAGCAAGCAAGAAGGUUAUCAAUAGUAGAAUAAUUAAUGGCAAAGGAAAAGAAACUUCUAGCAAAUGAAUACUGACUGCUCUUAUAAUUCAUCAGACUAGAAUAUUAUUUCUACAAGUUUUAUCUCAUUAUCGGACUAAGCUUCAAAUAAAAGAAGAUGCCUAAAUGAUAGAUCUAUUACAAAAUCUAAUGUUGAGUAAUGA